AUGUAUGCUGAGACCCUGGAUGCUAUGGGCAUCGACUGGUUGCGCAUUCGGCCAUCUGAAGCGCCAUUCCACGACAUCGCCUCGGGGAAGCAGGUGAUACCGCUUGGGCAGAUCGACCUGCCCAUAACAUUCGGGGAUCCGACCAACUACGGGAUGGAGACCCUCACCUUAGAGGUGGUCGGGUUUCAUGGAUCCUACCACGCCAUCUUGGGGAUGCCGUGCCACGCGAAGUUCAUGGCCGUCCCCAACUACAUGUGCCUCAAGCUCAAGAUACCGAACCUGCAUGGGGUCAUCACCGUCGGCUCCUCUUUCCAACGUGCCUACCAGCGUGAGGUGGAGAGCUGUGAGCUUACCUCGGCGGUCAUCGCCUCGGAGGAACUCACAGUCAUUGGGGAGGAAACCACGGAGGAGGCACCCGACACCAAGCGGAACACCGGAUCCUUUGAGCCCACGGAGGGCGUCAAAGAGAUCCUCAUCGACCCCGACAACUCUAGGGACAAGACGGUGCGGAUCGGCAUAGCACUCUCCUCCAAAUAG